GCUCGAGCGCCGCCCCGCCAGUCGCGUCCGACCGCCGGAGCCGUGCGGAGCGGCGUUUGCUCGGAGCAGUCGUCGCCGCCAGGAUGUCGGUGGAGCUGGAAGAAGCUGAUCUGCCCCUGACUGAAGCCGAGGAGGUGCCGCUCGCGCCGGAGAAGAAGGCGACGGCCAAGAAAGCCAAGGGCGGCGGCUCAUCGCUGUCGCCGUCCAAGAGGAGAAAGAACAACAAGAAGAAGAACCAGCCGGGCAAAUACAGCCAGCUGGUGGUGGAGGCCAUCCGCAAGCUGGGCGAGCGCAACGGCUCGUCGCUGGCUAAGAUCUACAAUGAGGCCAAGAAGGUGGCGUGGUUCGACCAGCAGAACGGGCGCACCUACCUGAAAUACUCCAUCAAGGCGCUGGUGCAGAACGACACGCUGCUGCAGGUCAAGGGCACCGGCGCCAACGGCUCCUUCAAGCUCAAUCGCAAGAAGCUGGAGGGCGGCGGCGAAGGGGGCGCGGGCGGCGGCGCCCACAAAUCGCACAAGAAGGCCGUGGCGGCGGCCGCCACGCGGCGCGUGGACAAGAAACCGGCGGUCAAGACCAAGAAGCCCGAAAAGAAAUCGCACAAGAAGGGGGCGGGCGCGGCUGCCACCGCCAGAAAGGAGAAAGGCAAAGCCAAGAAAGCGGCCAAGAAAGGUGCCGCCUCCGCCGGCGGCAAGAAGGUGAAGAAGUCGGCCAAGCCGAAGGCACUGAAGACCAGGAAGGCAUGAGAGUGGGGCGGCGAGGACACUGCCCCCCGUGAUCGUCCUCCCCAGCCCAGCCACCGAGGACUGAGCCCCCCCAAACA